AUGGAUUCAGAUACGGAUAGUUCGAAUACUAAUCCUGUUGUAGAUUUGAAAUUGAUUGAAAAGGCUACCCAUGCAUUAUUAAAACAUGAAAAAGUUCGACCGAAAUUAGAAAAUGAUUUAUUAUCGGAUGGUCAACCAGUAAAUGUUUGGUUAUUAGUAUCAUUGUUCAAAUUUUCUGAUAAGCCCAAGCUUAAACCCCAUCCUUUAUAUGGGUCUUCAACAGAAAUUUGUUUAAUUACUAAAGAUCCUCAAAGAACUUAUAAAGAAUGGGUUGCUGCACACAACGUUAAAUGGGUUCACAAUGUAAUUGGAAUUUCUAAACUUCGUAAAAAAUAUAUACCUUACGAAGCUAAAAGAAAUUUAUGUGAUUCUUAUGAUUUAUUUUUAACGGAUGAGCGUAUUUUACCUCUUCUUCCAAAAAUGUUGGGAAAAUAUUUCUUUGAAAAGAAAAAGCAACCGAUCCCAGUGAAUAUUAGUAAAGAAAAAAAUUUCAAAAAAGAAAUUCUUAAAGCUUGUCAUUGUACUUAUAUGUAUUAUAGUCCAGGAGUAUGUCUAUCUAUAAAAGUAGGGACUACGGGUAUGACAUCAAAACAACUUUUGGAAAAUUUAGAAAUGGCCAUUCCAGUUAUUGUAGAUAAAAUACCAAGGAAAUGGAAGAAUAUUCAAUCCUUACAAAUAAAGACAACAGAAUCUAUUAGUUUACCUAUAUAUAAUUGUUUACCAAGUUUACCUAUUGAAAUUGAUCCGAUAAGAUUAGAAAAUUCUCUAAGUAGUUCAUCUACUUUUAUAGACACUGCUUAUAGAACGACAGUCUGUGAAAGGGGAAAUGGGCAUGGAAGACAUAAUCAACGAGAAUGGUCCUUAUUGUGUGCACAAUUGGAUGAUCCCGAUUUUGAACCAGGCUAUGAUUUUGAACAAGAUAAGCAAAAUCAAAAUGUAUUAGAUGAUUCUAAUAAAAAAGAUAAUAAUAAUGAAAACUUAUCUCAAUCUCGUCGAAUUUCACCAACAUGGAAGUAUUUUAAUGACCAAACAUCUCAACAUCCAGGACGUCCAGUUUUAGCUACAGUAUUGGAUCUAUGUACAAAAUUUACUUUAUUUGCUACAGGAGAAGAAUCAACAAAUCAACAAAUACAAUUAAUACAGUAA